CGAGAGGGCAUCGCUGCGUCACGUGGCUACUCUCAACGGGCGGAAGCGUCGUCGUGGACCGCAAACUUGUGGAGUAAAAUAAAAAAAGAGACCGUCGAUAGAACGUCGAUAGAACGGCGUACACUUUGACGAUCGGGUCGGGCGGUGGGAGGGUUAACGACGACACGUUUAGCAUUGCAACUUACUGCGUGGCCGCAACGCAAACACACAGAAACAAAUUGGAUCGGCGCGACCCUGUCGCUCAAAAAGAAAUCAUCUGCUUCUUUCGGCGGCCCUCUUUGUGAGGGCCGUCGCCUCACUGGAAGCCAUUGAGCGUCGCGGGUUGAUGACACUCGGAGGGGAGGGGGCUGGUCCAUCUAUUAGCCGCCUGUUGAUAUUUCCCCACGUAAGAUGGUCGCUUAGCUUUCAGUUCGACUUCCUGUGGACCGUCAACGCCGCCGCAACUUGUGCGACUUCUGUUUCAUAGUCGCGGUUCAACCACGUGCCGGACCGGUCCCCUGUUAAUGUACAGAGAGGCAUCAUGGUGGGGGUCUCCCUGCACGCGCUGGCGUUGUUGAUGCUGGGCGCCGUGUGCUGCGUUCACCUCGCCGUGUGCCCCUUCACCAAAGUGGAGGAGAGUUUCAACCUCCAGGCAGCACACGACCUCCUGUACCACGGCUCCGACCUGCAGCAGUACGAUCACCAUGAGUUCCCGGGCGUCGUUCCUCGAUCUUUCCUGGGUCCCCUUGUCAUUGCUGUAAUGGCUGCCCCAUGGAUGCACCUCUCCCACGCCCUUGGAGCUAGCAAGUUCGUCUCCCAGUACAUAGUGCGCGGCUGCCUGGGCGUGUGCGUGCUGCUCGCGCUCUGCCGCUACAUUGGGGCUGUGCGCGCGGCGUUCGGACACCACGUGUCUGUGUUCACGGCGCUCGUGACGGCGAGCCAGUUCCACCUGCUCUUCUAUAGCUCGCGCAGCCUCCCCAACUCCAUGGCCCUGCCCCUCGUGUUGGAGGCGAUGGCUGCGUGGCUGGGGAGCCGGCACGCCGCGUUCGUGUGGUGUUCGGCGUGUGCCGUGCUGGUCUUCCGCGUAGAGAUCGCGCUUCUCGUCGGGCCCAUGCUGCUGCUGUCGCUGUGGCGACGGCAGCUGAGCGUGGCCGACGCGCUACGCCUCGCUGUGCCCGCUGGGCUCUUUUUUCUCGGGCUGACUGUGGCUGUGGACUCUUUGUUUUGGCGCCGACCAUUGUGGCCAGAAGGAGAAGUAUUCUGGUUCAAUGCCAUCCUCAACAAGAGCUCCCAGUGGGGUACGCAACCUCUGCCCUGGUACUUUGUGUCGGCUCUGCCACGAGCCCUCGCAAGCAGCGCCCCGCUCGUAGCGGUGGGCGCGUGGUGCGACCGGCGCGUGCUUCCCGUGCUGCUGCUGCCGCCGCUCAUCUUCGUUUCGGCGUACUCGGCACUGCCGCACAAGGAGCUGCGCUUCGUCAUCUACGUCGUUCCCGCGCUUAACGCGGCGGCGGCACGAGCCUGCGCCCUCGUCUUUAACACCGUGCACAAGUCGGCGUGGCGCAAGCUGGCGGCGCUGGCCGUGUGCGGGCACCUGGCGCUGAACGGCGCGUACAGCGCAUGCCUCCUGUACGCGUCGUCCCACAACUACCCCGGCGGAGAGGCCAUAACACGGCUGCACGAGCUGGUGCCACCGUCUCAGAAUGUCUCCAUUCACAUGGAUGUAGCAGCAGUCCAGACUGGCGUCUCAAGGUUUACGCAAAUUCAUGAUCACUGGAGGUAUGACAAGCGGGAAGACCUGGACCCGAGCGAUGUGGACGGAUCUCUUGCGUACACGCAUCUGCUGCGGUCGGCCGAGGUGGCCCUGGCGGGGCUGAAGGAAGGCCCUUUCUCCAGGACCCACCGCAUCCUGCAUGUCGCGCGCGGCUUCGUCGGGGUCUCGUUCGAUCGCCGCCGAUUUCCGCCGUUCGCCGUCGAGCUGCGCCCCGCCGUGGUGCUUCUCGUGCGGAAUCCAUACGUGGAAUCGGUGGAACUCCCCGGUGGCCUAGUUGCCUGAGGUCGCGGCCGGGGCAUGGAUUUGUGGCAAAGGAAGGGUGAAAAGAAAAAUGAGCUCGGCUCAGAGUGUGUGUGUGUGUGCUUGAAAUCUUUUUCGUUGCACGACUGACUGAAAGACAAUGAAAAGAGACCGUUACAAUGAGUGCCACUAUUUCCUUCUGCCAGGUUCCACAGUUGUACCGGUGACACCCGACCUCCAAAGGUCUGCUCUGACAGUUUAAUUAUUUCCACCACCUGGCUUUCGUAUUCCCCUUGGGCACUGACCUGUGGUUGCCACUCCACUGCCUGUCUCAUUAACCUGCACUCCUCCCUCACGCACACAUGUCCCACUCACCACAGCCUCCCCUGUCUAAUUAUAUCAACGGUGCUUACCUGCUGCAUCGGAUUGGAUGGUUGUCUCCCAUCGUAAUCGACGAUGACAGCCCAUCGAUUUCUGUUUGUGUUUACGGUGCAGGAGUCCAGUAGGGGGCACAGGUGGUGCAUCGGCCAGUCAUCUCAGUCGACCCGUGGCACCUGGGUCUGCCCCUUGACCUCCUGCCAGCGGACAUUCGACACUUCACGUGGCCUCAACGUGCACAUAGCCUGGCACAAGCGCCGUGGUGACGUCACCACCACUCCAGGGCUGCGUUCAAUGGGGCAGAGCACACUUCUAUUGUCGGCCCAGAGUGCGGCAUAACAGGAGGCAACGGUCCGACGGGCCGCCUCGCCGAACGAUCGGUGGCUCGGGUCAAAGUCAAGCCAAUCGGAUGAAGCGCCCUAUCUUCCUGUGAACUCCCGGUUUCUGGAUGUGACACGCGCGCCCAUUGGCUGAGCUGGUGCGUGAUGUCACCCGCCGUUGCGAGGGACUCGGCAUCCUUUUAAAUCGUCUCGGUUGAAAACUCAUUUGCUGAUAGAACUCCUUUUUGUGUUUAGUUGUCCCACCCCGCACCUCCGAUUAGCACGAUUGGCUACGUGCGGUGAAGUUGAACGUGCAUACAUCCUAACAAACGUGCCGUUCGCGUAUAGCUAACGUCUGCCUCGUGGCUCCACGACAGAGCCCUCUGCCCAUUGAACGCACCCCUGAUGUCAUCCAAGCUUCCAAGUAGCCGUUUACCUUGGGCUACUAUUACAUUCCUAUUAUCCUCCAUGCACCCAAAAAUCUAUGAGGUUUUUUUUUACUUGCGGCUUUGGUUCCAGGGGGGCUCACAAAGGCUCAAUGACAACGUCAGAGCAAUCGGCCGGCACCUGUGCGGUGUGGGGUAUAAAUCCCAGGCACGGUUAUAGAGUCUCCCUGUGCAAAAUAUAUUUUGAAACAAGCAUCCCUCUCCCAUUGACAGCUUUGAGCCAGUGGUGGAGAGUCCACAUUCCCUCGCCAGGAGUCAGCCUCCUCUACUCCGCAGAGCAAACUCUUUACCUUCCAUGAAGUGAUGCUCAAUUAAUCUUUCCCGGAAGGAUGAUGGGCUGGGAUGAUAGAAAUGCGAAUAUCAAUGACGGUUGUUUAUCCAGGGAAGUCUCGUUUACUUCUCGAGGAUUUUUCAAUAGGGUCCUGAAUUUUAAUGUUUGGGAAUUUUCUCAUGGAGCAUUAUUGCAUUUGGAGUAGGCAUAAUUACCCAGUGAAAACCCACACAUACAUUGAUUACACGGUGUCACCACCGUGUAAUCAAUACAUAUGGUUAUGCAACAUAGUUCUUGUACUGCCAUCUGCUGGUCACUCCACUGCAUCUGCAUUCAUCAUCACCAUCACCCUUGGUUACCGACCUCUGGGUUCCACUCCAAUGCCUGUGUCGAUAACCUGCCCCCUUCUAACCCACCACAGCCUCUUCACUGUUAUCGCUCUUGCAUGUGACUGUUUUUGCAAGGUUCACCAGGUCCGCCUAAAAAUUCCUGAAUUGCAGUCUCAUGUCGCCAGCACCGCCAUGUUCACCGCUCCAGGCUGUCCGUCCUGAACGCGGAGCUGGCCUGGAAAGGAACCCCGCGUGGAUUCUCCCCAUUGAGCGAGCAUCUCUUCUGAGCCUGUCGCACUCCGCCGUAAACGAGUGCCGGUCGAAGAAUUGUCCUCGUAGCCCCCCCCCCAAAGGCUCGUGCCGUCCCAUCCCAUUCCAUCCCGCGCCGCCACACCUUACUCCCUCCCAGGGAACGUCUGAAAUCCGAUACCCGCGAUAAUGGAAGUGUUGUGGGGGGUGAAGACAAACGCAUCGUGUUUUACAACUGCCGGGCGUCUGCAAAAGGCACCCACCCUGAACCCUGUAAUGCGACACUUCUGGCGGAGGGGAAUGACUGGUUAUUUGCCACUAAAGUUAUCUCGCGUCGUUAAUUGCGCAUUGAGUUGGUCUUCCCACACUUUGGCUAUGGUCCGGGUGCGCGAUUGCCGCCUUUCUGUGUCGUGUUAUUGGCCGGGUGGUGUUGUGGUUGGAGCACACGCCUCGCAAUCAGAAGGGCGCAAGUUCAAACACCGGUCGGUCUUACUUGGGCCCAUCAUUAACAUCACCAUCGUCCUCCAUGAAAUAAUAACGUUGCCCUUUUGUUACCCAUGAGAGCUCCCACCGAGUUCAAAGGACAUUUCUUUCGUAGGGUCAUUGCUUUGUGAUGUUUGGUACAUUCCGUUGAUGGGCGUUUGGCUUUAUGUUGGGAGAUAUAACCAGAGUGCCUCAAGAGAAACCCACACAUGUCAAAGGGAUGGGGGGGUAACGUAGUUUUUUUUUUACUUGCAGACCUCAGGUCGUGAGUCAUGCACUCUUAACCACAGCUCAACACAGUGGAAUGAUCGCCAUGCAAUGUGAUGAAGGUUAACACAACACUAUUCGCCGUUAACUUUUUUACACACUAUCUCUUUGAGCAUAAUGUGCUCACCUCAAUCGGUUGUCCUGAGCCACUGGAUGAAAUUCCACAUUCUUGUGGUGAGGGGACCAAUUUAUCCGCAGGAUUAUUAGCACAAUUGCCACUAUGCGAUGUUACACACGUGUGUGUGUGUGUGUACAUGUACAACACUUCGUCAUUUCACUGCUGGUUGAGGGCCUCCUCCCCGUGCCGUGAGGGUCAUGGGAAUUGUUUGGCCAUACUUCACCAUGCUGGUCAAUGCAGGUUGAUGAAGGCGUGGGGGGGCAUAGAUCUGUGAAUGUGUGAGCGUAGAAAGUCCAUUGCAACAAUGUAUUCAUCUGCACUGCUUGCCACCCACCACGUACCCCCCCCCCCCAGCAGCCUAUGACAUCCUGCUGUGCAUGGUGAUUGCCCAUCCAAACUCUGUCCAAAUUCGAACCUGUUUAGCUUCCGAGGUCUGAUGCGCUCGUUUGCAUUCCAGGUGAUGUAAGAAGCGUUGCCUCUGCAAGUAGCGCUCAUUUAAAUCUCCCAGAAGGAUGAUGAUGAGAAUUAUGGCGACUGGAUUUGAACCUGAGUAAUAGUAAUGCCCUUUUGCAUUGUCUUAUGCAUUAUGGCCAAGGAUUUUGACCCUUAAGUUCAAAACCUUGGAGCCCUAUUGCUCCAGUAAAAACUAUAUUCCAACCUGGAAUGUAUUUUAUGGCAAAAGUACAUUAGCAAUUCAUUGUCGACUGUAAUAGAAUAAUCAUGAAAUUUAAAUAUAUUGGUUUAAAUGUCACAUGGCCAUGUUCUCCCUGCUGUGUAAAGGAUUAAAAAGGCCACUUGAAAUAUUUUUUUAAGGAUAAAUCUUUUAAUGAUCUUUUCCACAGCCAUUCUGACGAAAGGGCAGACCGUGGGAUUUCCAAAUAGAUUCUUCAUUUCAUGACAUGAUUCUGAUAGCAAAAUACUUUUAAAAAAAUUGAUAUAAACAAAAAAUAUAAUCAUGAAAGCAGACCAAGCGAAUAUAUAACGGUUAAUUCACUGUGCCACGACCUAGCUCCCGUUGGUUGAAUCAGCCCUAAACGAGUUUGGGUGCAACAUAUAAAUGCCAGCACCGGGGAGACAAAGGUGGCCAGACAUGUGUGGUGCUGGCCACCUGUCGUGCCAGCCUUAAGUACCCUCCAGGCUUAUUAUUCUGUUUGUUGACUCGGGAAAGUCUCAUCGAGUCUCGGGAUUAUUUUUAUAAGAGUCCUGCCAAUUUUUUUUUUACAGUAGAGGCCGAUGUUGCCAUGUCUAAUCCCAAUUGAGUGAUUUUGCGGUGUAAUUUAUCAAAUUUAUAUCGUGGUGGCGGUAGCACACAAUGGAUUUCUCUUGCGAAUUACGUCAUGGAAUCUUAAAAUCCACUGUGAGCGAAGCAGACGGACCGAAGUAUUUAUAUGGUUCAAACCCACCGCAGUAUUAUCCAGGGGCGGCCAUUGGAUUCGAACCGCGAACCUCUGCAACAGCGGCAAACGCUCUCCUGAUGGGCAUUGUCACCUCCCUAUAAUGCUUGUACCUACAGUCAAUUAGGAUUAAUCGGGGAUCUUAGUAUAUGUGUGGGCGUGGUGCUGGCCACCCACCCCUCGUGUGCCCUGCCGGCCUUCAUAGGUGCCAGCUAACAGCACUUGCCCCUACAGUCUGUUAAGGCUACAUGGGGGGUCUUUGUAGGUGUGCGUUGUCGCGUCAGUGUCACCUGUCAAUCGAAUAUUCCCACUGAGAGGCAUCCCUUAAUCCGUGACGGAAUGUAACAGCUGAUCAUGUACAAUCAUAUUGUAGUAAAAAUGACGAAACCAACACUGGAGCGCUUUGGGCUGUGAAAAUUUUUAUUUCAAAAGGGCACGCUUUCAUUUCAACACUGAAUAUAGUGACAGAUUUUUUUAACAUCUACGAUAUCGCUGUGCUCGAUUUUUUUUAUCAUUACACUUGUAUCCUUUUAAUGAUACAUCUCAGUUAUGGGCAUGUAACACUUAUGUUAAGUAGUAAUAAUUAUUCGCGUUUGAAAACCUCGCUCUGCGUAGUACUUUUAUAACAGGGUCCUUCUGUUUGGUAAUUUCCUUCGGUUUUUUUAGUGGGCGUAGAAACUCGAGGGCACAGCGAAACCCCGCAUAGAAAGAGGAAAAUUGUUGCAAAGGUAAGCUAUCAACCUACUUGCACUGCCGUUUGUGGGCAGUGCAAGCAUCUUACAUACAUGGUGACAUCAUCUUUGUAUGAUCCACCAACCCCCCCACCUGGCAUGCAUCCACGACAUCUGGCCAAAUGUAUUCACAGUGUCUCCUGCUGAACAGGCAGUGUUCUUUACCACAGGUAACCCUGAGCAAGUGGUGGAAAGUUCACGUUACUAUGAUGGGGGGGCGAGUCUUUGCAAAAGACCACUACAGUCUGUUCUUUCACGUGGUAGUUGCGUUCCUGAAGUACACCACGUUAUGGAAAAAUCGCGUUAUAAUGUAGGGUAAAGCACAGUCCGCGAUAACAUGUGAGAUGCGUAUGCAGGCUUAACAAAUAGGGGCGCGUGGGUAGCAUCUAGAAGCAUCCCGCCUUGUGUGAUGCUAAGCUAAGGCAGCCAUACGACCGCCUAUUUCUACUCGCGCGACGUAGUUCUGUUAACUCAAUCGCGUUAUAUCCAAUUGGCAUCUGCGUUAUGAAAAAUGUGCUCCCUAAUGCACUCGUGGCAUAUUCAAUUUGCGUUAUGAAAACACGCGUUAUAGGAGAACACACUGUACCUUCGACCUCCCACAAAGGGGGUGACUUUAUUAAGUAAACAACAUAUGCACCGUC